UCCUGGGGAGCGACGUCUCUCGUGUUUACCAUAUCAAAACUCGUCCGGCGAAAAGGGACGAUGUUUCAGCUAACUCGUUUGUGUUUUCAGGAUGUCUCGAGGGCAGGCAGGCUGGUCGGAUGAGCCGUGCACGUCGACUGGCGGUCGAAACGUGCGACAGUCGGCGGGACCAUCGUCGAGGACGACCCCUCCGAUCCUCGAGGACCGCACUUCCGGCACCGCGUCCUGUAAAGGUGGAUUCAGGUUAGGGGUUUACGGUUGGAGGAAAAGGUGUUUGUACUCUGUGGUGCUCACUUUGAUGGUGAUCGCGAUCCUGAAUCUCGCGCUCACCGUGUGGCUGCUCAAAGUCAUGGGAUUUAGUUCGAAGGGAAUCGGCUCCCUGAAGGUGGUGCCCGGAGGGAUCGAGCUCAGAGGUCAGGCCGCCGUACUGGAUGCCCUGGUGGCCUCCAGCCUUAGAUCCAGACAGGGAAAGAAUCUGGUGCUCGAGUCGUGGAGCAACUUCACCGCGUCGGCCAGGUCGCACGAUGGCCGAUUACUCGCCCGAUUCACCGUCGGCGAGGACCGCGUGGACUGCGUGUCGAGAGGCUUCCGGAUAACCGACCCUCGAGGAGGAAUUCUCUUCUCGGCGGACAGGGAGCAGGUGGUGGUGGGAGCGGAGAUGCUAAGGGUAACCGGCGACGGGGGUGCCGUUUUCCAGGGCAGCGUUCAAACGCCUCUGGUCAGAGGGGAAUCGGGCCGUGGCCUCAGACUCGAGUCAGCGACCAGAUCUCUCAAGAUCAGCGCGCCUCAACGAGUGGUGAUCGAGUCCUGGGCCAACGAGAUCUCAGCUUCCUGCCUAACAGACCUGAAGCUUCAAAGCGUACACGGCGCCAUCAAGCUGGACGCGAAGACCCUGUUCAUGAAAGGGCUGAAGAUUGCCAGUCCGAGCCAAGGUCACUCGUCGAGAGAGCAACAGCAGCAACAGCAGCACUCGUCCAGGACGUCCACUCACCAGAGUCAAAGAGACACGACCAUCUAUCAGUUGUGUGCCUGUGCUAACGGCAAACUGUUCCUGGCCAGGUCCGAGGGAACCUGUCAGGCGGAUAAAUCGAUUUGCUAAUACCAGACUCGAGCUAGAAGCGAAUCGAUGUUGAAAAAUGUAAUGAACGAGCCUCGCAACAGAAGACACCGGUUCUUCCUUGGGGCGCGACAUAACGAUGACCGGAACAACCAGCUGGUGAUCGGAAUUGUCGCGGGAAGUUGUAGACAUCCAUGCAGGUGGCGGUGUACGAUAAUCGAUGUCCCGAAAUCGCCCGAGGCCUUUCGCUUUUCGCUGGUGUUUCCGUUCUAGAGCGACGCGUGGACGCCGGUUCCCAUCGCGUUUAGAACCGCGUUCGCUGUUUUA